AUGUCAGAGUUAUUACCGUCUAUUGAUCAAACGAAAAAGUUUUUGAAACAGGAUCUUGUUGCGUCGUUUAUCGCUGGGGGAUUUGCUGGAGCUAUUUCGAGAACAAUUGUGUCUCCAUUUGAAAGAGCUAAAAUCAUUUUCCAAAUCCAGGGUCCUGGAAAGGGAAACUAUAAGGGAAUAUUUCCAACGAUUUUCAACAUGUGGAAAGAAGAAGGCGUAAUUGGGCUAUUUCGAGGAAAUGGAAUCAAUUGUAUAAGGAUUUUUCCUUACCAGGCAGUUCAGUUUUAUGUAUUUCAAAAUUUGAAGUUGAAUUUUUUUUUAAAAUCGGGAAAUAGUGAGGAAAAAGAGUUGAAAAAUAUAGAUAGAUUAAUAGCAGGUGGUGUUGCAGGAAUUGUGAGUGUUUAUGUUACAUAUCCAAUGGAUUUAAUAAGAACAAGGUUAUCGAUUCAAACUGCGCAAAAUUUGAGUAACUUGAGUAAAAACAAAAUCAGGAUAAGUUCAUCACAAAACCCUCCUGGGUUUUGGCAAUUGUUUAUCAAGACGUAUAAAACUGAGGGUGGGGUAUUGGGCUUGUACAGAGGAGUUUUGCCUACAACAGUUGGAGUAGCACCAUAUGUUGCAUUAAAUUUUGCGAUUUUUGAGCAAUUGAAAGAAAUAUUGCCAGACUCAUCAGCAUUUUCAAAGCUAUUGAUGGGGGCUAUAGCUGGUGGAGUGUCGCAAACUGCGAUUUAUCCCUUUGAUUUGUUACGAAGACGAUUUCAAGUUUUAGCAAUGGGAAAUAACGAAAUGGGAUUUAAAUACACGUCGAUUUUCGAUGCUUUAAUGACAAUUGGCAAAAAAGAAGGAUGGAGAGGGUAUUAUAAAGGGUUGAGCGCCAAUCUCUUCAAGGUUGUUCCUUCAAUGGCAGUAAGUUGGCUAUCAUUUGAAGUGAUUAAAGACUGUUUAGUUAUCCAAUUGUAA